AUGCUUGCUCUGAAUCGUAGUUAUUUGAUUCAUCUUGGUCAACAUAAUCUUCUUAAAACUCUUAAAAUUUCUAUGAUUCGUUGUAUGCAUCGACGUCUUGAAUCAUCGAUUAUACAUAAUAUAGCUACAUUAGCUUUCAAACUUUUAUUAAACAGUGAUUUCAAUCGUACUCAUCUUAUUUUGUUUUCUCAAACAAUUCUUAUCAUACCAACUUUUAUAACAAUGUGUCAUGAAAGUUCGCAUAAAUUGUUUCAAAUGAUUUGUCAAAAAGAUUUAUUUAAUCAUCUUAUUUGUAUAUAUAGUAUUAAAGAAGCAUUUGUUAGUUUAAGUGAAAAUAUUGAUAUUAUCGAACUUUGUUAUAUGCUUGGAAAUAUUGUUGCACUUGCUAGUAUUGAUCUUAAUCAAUUAGAAGCAAUGAAACAACCAUUUAUUCAUUGUCUUUUUAAUAUAUUAGAUGUUUGUCGACAACGACAAACUAGUAAUGAACAAAGUGGAAAACAAACAAAAAUGACUAGUGUUUGGCAUCCAAUUAUUGGUCAUGUUCGAGGAAAAACAAGUGGAAUGACUGUAUCUAACCAAGAAAUUGUUCAACGUGUUAUUAUUCAAUAUAAAUUUCUUUGGUCGAAAUCAUUUGUUAAUAUGUUAUUUGAAUCAAUACCAACAACAUCAUCAGGAAAUCAAUCAUUGUCAACAGCAAAAAAAGAAACGAAUAUAAUUCGAGCUAAAUUUGAAAAAUUAUUUCAUUCAAAAACUACAACAGAUAAAUUAACAACUGAUGAAUUAACACAAUCUAUUUGUCGUAUAACAACAUUUUAUCAAAAGUUAAUUCAAAUAUUAACAGAAUUAAGACUACAAAUUCUUUGUGCUCUUUCAUUACAAGAUAGUUUAAUAAGUAGUUUAUGGCAAUUUUUAAAUAAUAUUGGUUCGACAUGUGGUUUAAAAGAAUUAUUGAAAAUUUAUGAAACGAACAAAGAAAAUUAUCAUCCAAUAUUUGAUUUACUUCAAUUAUUUUGUAAUCUCUGUUCAUAUCUUGCUACAGUUUUAGAUGAAGAAGAAAUGUAUAGAGAACAGAAAUAUUUAACUCUUGAUAGUUGGUCUCAAUUUUGUUUAUUUCUUAAUCAAUUUGUUUAUCGUUUAAUACGUAUUGAAUUUGAACGAACAAUAACAACAUCACCAAAAUUAAAAUUAGAAAAUAAUCAAUUAUAUAAAACACUUCAUCAACUUCUUAUUUUACUUCAUGAACGAAAUUCAAGAAAAUCAUUUACACCUGAUUCACAUUGGCUUAUUCGUGAAGUGAAAUCAUCAUCAUCAUUUAUGGCUGAUCUUGAACGUGAUGAUUCAUGUGCUCUAUAUCUUCUUGAACAAAUUCCUCAUAUUCUUACAUUCAAAGAUCGUGUUAAAAUUCUUCAAAUGUUUAUUGAACAUGAUAAAGAAAAAGAAUGUACUGAAGUCUCACCAUUACGACAUCAUUCAAGAAAUUAUUAUGAAAUUCAUCGAACGAAUCUAUUUGGUGAUGCCUUUCGAGCAUUACAAAAUGCAUCAUCAACAAUAUGGAAAAAUACAAUUCGUAUAAGUUUUAUUAAUCAACAAGGUCUUGCUGAAGCUGGGAUUGAUCAGAAUGGAAUAUUUAAAGAAUUUAUUCAAGAAGUAACACGACAAGCAUUUGAUCCAGCAUUUAAUCUUUUUAAAGUAACAGAAAAUCGAACAUUAUAUCCAUCACCAAUAUCUGAUCGAACAGAAAAUUAUUUAUAUUUGUUUAAUUUUAUUGGUAAAAUAUUAGGAAAAGCUGUUUAUGAACAAAUUGUUCUGGAUAUUGAAUUAGCACCAUUCUUUUUACGUCAUUUCAUAUCUCGAAAAAAUCUUAAUUAUUCAUGUUUUGAUGAUUUAAUGUUUCUUGAUAGAGAUCUUUAUAAUAACCUUAAUUUUAUUAAACAUUAUGAUGGUGAUGUAUCAUCAUUAACUUUAACAUAUUCGAUUGAUGAAGAUGUACUUGGUGAAAUGGUAACAUAUGAUAUUAUUCCGUGUGGAAGACAUAUUAAUGUAACCAAUGAUGAUAAAAUUGUUUAUAUUCAUCGAAUGUCUGUUUAUCGAACAUAUACACGUAUUAAGAAUCAAAUAAAAAUGUUUAGUGAAGGGUUUAAAACAUUAAUGAAACCAGAAUGGAUUAAUAUGUUUUCUGUUCCAGAAUUACAACAAUUAAUAUCGGGUGAAUCAUCUGAUAUUGAUCUGGAAGAUCUGAAAUCAAAUAUUGUUUAUCAAGGUGGUUAUCAUCGAACACAUCCCGUUAUCAAAUGGCUUUGGCAAACACUCGAACAAGAUUUUUCUAGAGAAGAACGAGCACUUUUUCUUCGAUUUGUAACAAGUUCAAGUCGUGCACCACUUCUUGGAUUUCGUUCAUUGAAUCCACCAUUUACAAUUCGUUGUUUAGAAAGUUCAGAACAUGAAGAAGAAGGUGAUUCAUUAGGAAGAAUAUUACGUAAUAUGGUGACUAUUAAUCGAACAUCAUCGGAAAGACUUCCAUCAAGUUCAACAUGUUUUAAUUUAUUAAAAUUACCCAAUUAUAAAACACGACGAAUACUUUUGGAUAAACUACGAUAUGCUAUUAAAGCAAAUGCCGGUUUUGAACUGUCUUAA